AUGACCAAGCAUUCCGUUAUCUCCCUUCUAUUUAUUGUUGUUUUAUCAGUUCUUGUUGCUCUCACGACUGCGUCGGACGAGGCGCUAAUUACCAAAAAAGUUUACUUUGAUAUUAAGCAAGGAAAUAAGAGCCUAGGCCGUGUAGUGAUAGGCCUCUUCGGCAAGGAUGUUCCCAAGACAGUGGAAAACUUUCGCGCAUUGGCCACUGGAGAGAAGGGAUUUGGAUAUAAGGGUUCCAAGUUCCAUCGUGUGAUCAAGGACUUUAUGAUUCAAGGCGGUGAUUUUACACAAGGUGAUGGUACCGGUGGGAAGUCGAUCUAUGGACGUACUUUCCCUGAUGAGAACUUUAAAUUUACACAUACUGGACCGGGUAUACUGAGUAUGGCAAAUGCUGGAAAGGAUACGAACGGAUCACAGUUCUUUAUCACUACCGUUCCGACCCCAUGGCUAGAUGGUCGUCACGUAGUCUUUGGUAAAGUGGUUGAGGGCAUGAACAUAGUUUUGGGUAUUUCAGAUACAGAAACUGAUGGUUAUGAUAAACCAAAAAUCGACGUGAUUAUUGCGGACUGUGGAGAGAUUAAAGUUGGUGAAACGAAGCCAUUGAAACAACAAGCGGAACUAUAA